AUGAAGUUUGAACAUAAGAAGAAAUUCUCUGUGCAUUUAGAUAUUUCUUAACUAAAAUCUAAUUCUUAUUUAAACUAUCCACUUUCAACUAAAAGAAAGAUUGAUAAUCCUUCAUCGACUAGAAAAUUAGAUACUUCACCUUUGAGUGUAAGUCCCAAUAAUUCAUUUUUGUCUUCUGAAAGAAAACUUAAACAAAAAUAUCCAAUAAAUAACAAUAAAACUAAUUCCCUUAAAAGUAUGCUUUAACCCUACAAAAUUCGGUCACCAUCAGACAAAGAAAAUAAUCACAGUUUUUUAAGCAAUAAAAGCCAAUUAAAUAAAUUACCUCUUUUAACUGAAUAAUUUCUUAAGUUAUACACCUUAACUAGAAAUGAGCAAAGUGAAUUGAAUGGAAUAAAAUAAGUAUAAAUUUAAUCAUUAUUUUUAGGUCUAUUAUUAUAAAUAACCGAAAUGCCUUAUUGAUUAACCUAAUGGAGAUUACUCAUAUAAUAUUAAAGAUCAUAUAAGAUAUUAAUAUGAGAUUGUUAGUUUAUUAGGACAAGGAAGUUUUGGUUAAGUAUUUUAAGUUUUGGACCAUAAAACUCAAUAAAUAUAUGCUUUGAAAGUUAUCAAAAACUAAGACAAAUUAAAAAAACAAGCAAUUAUAGAAACUAAUAUACUUUAAUAUAUCAAAGAUCAUGAUAUUGAUUAAAUUUCAAAUAUAGUUAGAAAUAUUGAUCAAUUUACAUUUCGAGGACAUUAAUGUAUCGUUUUCGAAAAAUUAGAAUAAAAUUUAUUUGAAUUGAUAUAAAAAUAAAAAUUCAAAGGAAUUGAUCAUGAAUUAGCAAGAAAAAUUGGAAUUUAACUUUUAAAUUCUUUAAAUUUCUUGAAUAAGCAUAAGAUUAUACAUUGUGAUAUCAAACCGGAAAAUGUGAUGUUAUUAGAUAAUUCAAAAAGUGGAAUAAAACUUGUUGAUUUUGGUUCUGGUUGUUUUGUUGGUUAAUAAAUCUAUACAUAUAUACAAAGUAGAUAUUAUAGAGCACCUGAAGUUAUAUUUGGAUUAAAAUAUGGAAUUGAAAUUGAUAUGUGGAGUUUUGCAUGUUUGAUAUCAGAGUUNUCAUUUAUAGAUUCUGAUUCUUUUAAGUUCAUUAAAAAUUUAACAGAAUAAUAGAACAAUAAUAUAUGAAGUUUGAACAUAAGAAGAAAUUCUCUGUGCAUUUAGAUAUUUCUUAACUAAAAUCUAAUUCUUAUUUAAACUAUCCACUUUCAACUAAAAGAAAGAUUGAUAAUCCUUCAUCGACUAGAAAAUUAGAUACUUCACCUUUGAGUGUAAGUCCCAAUAAUUCAUUUUUGUCUUCUGAAAGAAAACUUAAACAAAAAUAUCCAAUAAAUAACAAUAAAACUAAUUCCCUUAAAAGUAUGCUUUAACCCUACAAAAUUCGGUCACCAUCAGACAAAGAAAAUAAUCACAGUUUUUUAAGCAAUAAAAGCCAAUUAAAUAAAUUACCUCUUUUAACUGAAUAAUUUCUUAAGUUAUACACCUUAACUAGAAAUGAGCAAAGUGAAUUGAAUGGAAUAAAAUAAGUAUAAAUUUAAUCAUUAUUUUUAGGUCUAUUAUUAUAAAUAACCGAAAUGCCUUAUUGAUUAACCUAAUGGAGAUUACUCAUAUAAUAUUAAAGAUCAUAUAAGAUAUUAAUAUGAGAUUGUUAGUUUAUUAGGACAAGGAAGUUUUGGUUAAGUAUUUUAAGUUUUGGACCAUAAAACUCAAUAAAUAUAUGCUUUGAAAGUUAUCAAAAACUAAGACAAAUUAAAAAAACAAGCAAUUAUAGAAACUAAUAUACUUUAAUAUAUCAAAGAUCAUGAUAUUGAUUAAAUUUCAAAUAUAGUUAGAAAUAUUGAUCAAUUUACAUUUCGAGGACAUUAAUGUAUCGUUUUCGAAAAAUUAGAAUAAAAUUUAUUUGAAUUGAUAUAAAAAUAAAAAUUCAAAGGAAUUGAUCAUGAAUUAGCAAGAAAAAUUGGAAUUUAACUUUUAAAUUCUUUAAAUUUCUUGAAUAAGCAUAAGAUUAUACAUUGUGAUAUCAAACCGGAAAAUGUGAUGUUAUUAGAUAAUUCAAAAAGUGGAAUAAAACUUGUUGAUUUUGGUUCUGGUUGUUUUGUUGGUUAAUAAAUCUAUACAUAUAUACAAAGUAGAUAUUAUAGAGCACCUGAAGUUAUAUUUGGAUUAAAAUAUGGAAUUGAAAUUGAUAUGUGGAGUUUUGCAUGUUUGAUAUCAGAGUUGUAUAUGGGAACUCCAAUAUUCCCAGGAGAAGAUGAAAUUGAAUAAAUAAAUUUGAUUAUCGAAAUCAUUGGAGCACCUUCUGUUGAUUUUGCUUUGAAAUGUCCAAGAAGGAAAUAUUUUUUUGAUGAAGAUGGACAUCAUAAAAAAAAUAUUAAAUCUUAUCGUAAACCAAAUUCAGUUAGUUUAUAUGAUAAACUAAGAACUGAAGAUUCUGAUUUAGUUGAUUUUCUACUUAGAUGUUUUGCUUGGGAACCCUAAAAUAGGUUACAACCAUUAGAUGCACUUAAACAUCCAUGGAUAAUAGCUGGUCUUCCAAAAGAAAUAUAAAAACAACAUAAAAAAUAUAUUGA